UGAAUCUCUAGGAUAGAAGUAAGUAUGUACAAGUACAUAAUGGCAAAGCAGGAAUGUUUAGAUGUAGAUCAAUAGGUGUGCGAUAUAACCAGACGCUAGUGCUAUUGUUUCUGGUAUUAUUAAACAGCCAACAGUAGGCAUCUCUGGACAGGUACAAUUGGCUCUGGAUACAAACCAGUAUAUAUUUACAAAUACACAGCGUGGUUAUCUCAGUUCAGUUGUAAUUAGAAAGCAGAAUUAAUACAGAAAUCGUAUAUAUACGCUAACAUAUUAUAUGGCUAUAUUGGAUAAUGUUCUUUCAUAGAAAAAGUAUCAUCUCACUGGAAAAACAGAAUGAUUUCAAUUAUACAUCUAUAUGAAACUAACGUGGUGUGUACAGCAGGGAUACGACAACACAAUGACAAUAUCGGAUAUCUGACAUAUUGCAGUUAAAUGGGUGGUGGAAAGACCAUGCUGGAAAUGAACAAAAGCCGCCGAAGUAUCAGAUCCAAAUCCCAGUCACAGGCCUCACUUAUCAAAGUGAAAGGCCUGGAAGGCGAAGACAAUGGAACUUUGGAAAAGGGAAGAAGAAAAAGUGAGAACAGUCAGAGUACGGUCCAGGUCGAAAUCGAUCAGUCAGGACUUCAGAGGUUAUUACCCUCAUCUCUGAGGCAUCGUUUCGCUGACCAACAACUCGAAAGUUUAUAUAGAGCCUAUUAUUGUCGGCAGAAAAACAGUGCCGUGUUAGUUUUAAUCAUACUGUCUCUAUUCUUUUGCGUUACUUCUAUUAUUUUAUAUUGUAUAGCAUUCACCGAAAAGAAGAUUCCCCCGAUAGCUAUACUCUCAGUAUGUGUAGUCAUCAAUAUCGUCAUGUUCAUACUUCUAAAGUUCCGCCUGAUAUCAGAUAAACUUUUCAUGUACACUCCAUUCAUACCAUGGAUCUUAUUCGCAACGGAGAUCUACGUGGUCAUUGGUCUGGAAUCAGAACCUAUAGUCCCCUCCUUAGCCGUUGGCUGGCAGUGCUUUCUCGCCUACUUGAGCUACGUUAUGCUGCCCCUUCCCCUCAGAUGGUGCAUGCUGCUCAGUUCCCUGUCGUGCCUCGUCCAUACUAUUGUUGUUAUCGUCAUAUGCAUUCUGAACUACCCCAACGUCUACCAAAUUGGGAACGCGGUCGGUGCAAACAUAUUCUUAUUCCUCUGUGCCAACAUACUUGGAAUCAUUUCAUAUUUCUUCAACGAUAUCAAUCAGAGAAAAGCAUUUCUGGAAACAAAGGCGUCGUUGAACGUAAAAAUCAUCAUAGAGGAAGGCUCAAAGGAACAGGAACGUUUGCUUCUGUCCGUGCUCCCGAAACACGUGGCUGAUGAGAUGGUGCAAGAUAUGGGAGACGUUCUCGUCGCAGAUGGUCAGUUCAGAAAAAUAUACAUGAGUAGACACGAAAAUGUCAGUAUACUCUACGCUGAUAUUGUGGGGUUUACUGCAAUAUCGUCAAAAUGUACAGCUGGAGAAUUGGUAAAGAUCCUGAACGAAUUAUUUGCAAGAUUCGACAAACUCGCAGAGAAAUAUCAUCAACUUCGAAUUAAGAUCUUGGGAGAUUGUUACUAUUGCAUCAGCGGAGCGCCAGAGCCUCGGUCUGAUCAUGCCGUACUCAGUGUACACAUGGGGCUCGCCAUGGUUGAUGCCAUCAGCGAUGUUAGAGCACAGACAAAGACUGAUGUGAAUAUGCGUGUAGGCAUUCACACUGGUGCAGUCUUGGGUGGUGUGGUAGGACAGAAACAAUGGCAGUUUGACGUCCUGGGCAAAGAUGUCUCGCUGGCCAAUAAGAUGGAGAGUGGAGGACUUGCCGGACGAGUCCAUAUAUCACAUUCCACGACUAAGUUUAUGCAUGGGGAGUUCGAAUUAGAGCCAGGUGAUGGCGACCAGAGAGAGGAAGCUAUACGAAUGGCAGGAAUGAAGACAUAUCUCAUUAAAUCAGUUAUUAAACCAUAUCCAGAGGGGACAUUAGACGAAAUUUACGUUGGUGGGAUGAUAUUUGACCAGGACGAUGACGAUAACAAUGAGCAGAAUAAGGAGGAAAAUCUCAACAAAUUGCUAUAUGAAGCCAUUGUAGAGAAAGAAGCCACCCAAGAUAUUGGCAAACGUAUUAAUUUCAUAACUAUGCAUUACCACGAUACGAACAUGGAAGAGCUGUUUGAUCGAAACCGUCAGAAGUUCAGUUCUGUUGCCAUCCUUGGUACAUGCGUUGUAUUGGUCUGCUGUUUCUUCUCAUACGUUUGUAUAGCACCAAAAAGUCUAUUCAGCAUAUUGACGUUCAUAAUUGGGGCUCUGUUGUUAACGGUGUUCACCGUGUUUCCAUUCGCCGCAAGUAGCCCAAAACGUUUUGUUGGAUGCGCAGUGUCUUUCUCACAAUGGCUUCUACGCAAACCUUGGCUCAGGGCAGGGUGGACUAUCUCCGCUAUUCUCGUCCUUGCUGCUUGUAAUAUUGUUUAUAUGUUCGGAUGUGAUUCCAACAUUUCCAAUACAUUCUCCCUGCCUUUGAACAGUGAAUCUCUCAACUGCGAGUAUCCCGUAUAUUUCUCAUACUAUGGCAUUCUCGUGCUGAUCGAAGUAACAGUGUUGGUGCAGCUGGGAUUCUUGGCGAAGAUACUUAUAUUGGUCCCACUCACUGUCGUGUAUUGUGUGUUGUAUGCAAUCGUUCUCCCGAACCUGUUUGACAGAUAUGAUAUAGCUCUAUAUGGUUCCUACAAUACGUUGGCGACAACUGUAAGCACAAAGUAUUCUAUAGUUGGGAAGGCCAUCGCGAUCUCUUUGACACUUGCAUUCUACAUAAGACAUAAUGAGGUUGUUAUGCGCAAGUUGUUCAUUUGGAAGUAUGAGGCUGACGAGGCGAAAGAACUGAUUCAAAAACAAAGAGAGAAGAAUGAAGCCUUAGUAUACAAUAUUUUACCUGCUCAUGUGGCUAGGGACUUCAUUGGAACCAAGAAACGAGACGAAGAAUUGGUGAGUCAGGCGUAUGACGAGGCUGGUGUUAUAUUUGCAUCUUGCCCCAACUUUAACGACUUCUACACGGAGGAUAGUGUCAACAAUGACGGCUUGGAGUGUCUCAGGUUCCUCAAUGAAAUCAUAUCUGACUAUGACGAGCUUCUCAAUGAGGCUCGAUUUAAAAACAUAAUAAAGAUUAAGACUAUCGGAUCCACGUACAUGGCGGCUAGUGGCAUGAACCUAGGAUACAGUAUCCCCAAGAAGGAGAACGGGGCAAAGCAGGAUGCACCCGUUAAAGAAAGAUGGCAGCACCUAGCUGAUUUGACAGACUUCGCAUAUGCGCUUAAAGAGACCCUUGACAGAAUCAAUUCUCAGUCCUUCAACUCUUUUGUCUUGAGAAUAGGCAUUAAUCAGGGGCCAAUUAUUGGCGGAGUGAUUGGAGCUAAAAAGCCCCAUUUUGACAUUUGGGGGAACACUGUUAAUGUGUCAAGUCGAAUGGAAUCAACUGGUCAGGCUGGAAAAAUUCAGUGUGUUGAGGAUACGAUGCUAAUACUCAAAGAAUUUGGUUUCACAUUUGAGAAGCGUGGAUUUGUGAAAGUAAAGGGAAAGGGCGAGCUGAUUACGUACUUCCUGACGGGAAAGGACGGGAAAAAUGGAGGAAGUCCUCUACCAAAUCAGCCACAAGAUGAUAUAUUUUAACAGUAUGACAUUUGAAGCUUAACCUCCAUAUGGAAGUUGACAUUAUCAAAAGUGUAGUCUAUGUAGAGAACUAAGAAACAGCUAAAAUUCUAUUCACUACCUUUGUUAUGGUACUCCUAUUUGUAUGAUCUAAAACGUAUUUAUAUAGAACCCAAAACGUAAAACUAUAGUGCUAUGUUUGUAUGACCCAAAUCUUAUUAUUAGUGCUGCGUUUGUAUGACCCAAAACGUAAAACUAUAGUGCUAUGUUUGUAUGA